GAAAAUUCGCCGGUUGCGGAUGUGAUUGUGAUCACCCGCCGACCUCGUGACAUCCUCUGAUCCAACAUGGCGUCUCCGGAGUUUCUGCAGAAAAUCUUCAGUUACAUUGAUGACCACCAGGAGGAGUAUGUGAAACGUCUGUCAGAUGUGGUGGCCAUCAAGAGUGUGUCAGCCUGGCCAGAGGUCAGGGGGGAGGUCACCAGGAUGGUCAAGCACACAGCCAAGGAACUUGAAGCCCUGGGUGCCACAGUAGAGCUCUGUGACCUCGGGAUGCAGAAACUUCCGGAUGGCUCCCAGAUCCCCCUGCCGCCAUGCAUUCUGGGAUACCUUGGCCAGGACCCCAAGAAGAAGACCGUUGCCGUAUAUGGCCAUCUUGAUGUGCAGCCAGCCAAUAAGGAGGAUGGAUGGGACACUGAGCCGUUUGUGCUGACAGAAGUUGAUGGCAAAAUGUACGGCAGGGGCUCCACAGAUGACAAGGGUCCUGUGCUUGGCUGGUUGAACUGUAUUGAGGCUUACCAGAAGAUUGGCCAGGAGCUACCAGUCAACCUCAAGUUCAUCUUUGAGGGGAUGGAAGAGUCCGGGUCGGAGGGGCUGGACGAUCUGCUCAUCUCUAAGAAAGAUACCUUUCUCAAGGAUGUGGACUAUGUGUGCAUCUCUGACAACUACUGGCUUGGCAAGAACAAACCCUGCAUCACAUAUGGACUCAGGGGGAUCUGUUACUUCUUCCUGGAGGUCCAGUGUGCUUCCAAGGACCUGCACUCUGGGGUGUUUGGUGGCUCUGUCCAUGAGGCCAUGACUGACCUGAUAGGCCUGAUGUCCAGUCUGGUGGACACCAAGGGGAACAUCAAGGUGCCUGGCAUCAACGAGAUGGUUUCCGCUGUAACAGACGAGGAGUUGGCGUCAUACGAACCCAUCGACUUUGACAUGGAGGUGUACAGGGCAGACCUGGGGCAUGAACGUCUCCUGCACGACACCAAGGCAAAAAUCCUCAUGCACCGCUGGAGGUUCCCCACCCUCUCCCUGCAUGGUAUCGAGGGUUCAUUUGACGGGGCUGGUGCGAAGACCGUCAUCCCGAGGAAGGUGAUCGGGAAGUUCUCGCUGCGACUGGUGCCGGACAUGCUGCCUGACCAGGUGGAGAAGUGUGUGGUGGACUACCUGAACAAACUGCACAAGGACAGCGGCAGCCCCAACCAGAUCAAUGUUACCAUGGGUCAUGGCGGUAAACCAUGGGUGAGUGACUUCAACCAUCCUCACUACAUUGCUGGACGCAAGGCAACCAAGACAGUUUGGGGCUGUGAGCCAGACUUGACUCGUGAAGGUGGGAGUAUCCCCGUGACCUUGACCUUCCAAGAGGUCACUGGCAAGAACGUCAUGCUCCUGCCCAUGGGUGCCUGUGACGACGGCGCACACUCCCAAAACGAGAAAUUUGAUCGCAAGAACUACAUCCAAGGGACCAAGCUGCUGGCAGCUUACCUCCACGAGGUAGCCCAGUUGGAGUGAGAACAGUCCAGGCAACAAAACAACAUUUCCACUACAACAAAAACA